AUGUCAUUCUCCCACAAAGAAAAGCCAGACACGUUAGUGUUGUUCGAUGUUGACGGAACCUUGACUCCUGCCAGGUUGGAGAUCUCCGACGAGAUGAGAGAAACUUUGAAGGCCUUGAGAAAGAAGGUGGUGAUUGGCUUUGUUGGUGGCAGUGACUUGUCCAAGCAAGUGGAGCAGUUGGGCGAGAGCGUGUUGCAGGACUUCGACUACUGUUUUUCCGAAAACGGCUUGACCGCUUACAAGUUGGGCAAGGAGCUUGCGUCGCAGUCGUUCAUCAACUGGAUCGGCAACGACAAGUACAACAAGCUUGUCAAGUUCAUCUUGCGCCACUUGGCCGACAUCGACAUUCCCGUCAGAAGAGGCACUUUUAUUGAGUUCAGAAACGGUAUGAUCAACGUAUCUCCUGUGGGCAGAAACGCCUCUACCGAGGAGAGAAACGAGUUUGAAAAGUACGACAAGGAGCACAAGGUCAGAGAGACCCUUGUCAAUGCUCUCAAGGAGAACUUUGCCGACUACGGCUUGACCUACUCCAUUGGCGGCCAGAUCUCCUUUGACGUGUUCCCUACCGGCUGGGACAAGACCUACGCUCUUCAGCACGUGGAGAACGAGGGCUUCAAGGAGAUCCACUUCUUCGGCGACAAGGCCUACGAGGGUGGUAACGACUGGGAGAUCUUCACCGACCCAAGAACCAUUGGCCACGCUGUGAAGUCUCCUGACGACACCAUCAGAAUCUUGAAGGAGCUCUUCAACUUGUAG